UUGGUGAAGACAGUUGUGCUCGGGUUGUUGUCUUGAUCCAAAAAAUCCUGAGGGGGGAACUCCUCCUCCUCCUGCUAGGAGGAGGUGGGCAAGACAUUACCAUGGACACUCAUUCGGGUUUAACCAUCUCCCUGGCCAUGUGUCGAUGAUGGCAAGUAAACCGGAAACCACCAAGGGCUUGGGCUUGGAAGAAAGAGCAAUAUUCUCUGAAAUUUUUCCACCAUUACUGAACUCCACAUCAUCUAGCUGUAUGUCUUGGGUGGACUCAGAAGAGAUGGAUAACAACAGCUCGCUCUUUGAUGAGUCGAGUCCGAGUGAAUCGAGCAUUUCCACCGGCUAUUUUCCUUCUUAUCAAAUUCAAGAGGACAUCUCUGACAAAAGUGUAUAUCAGAGAUCCGUUACCAAUGAAAAAGUCUGCGAAAAAUCUGACAGUGAUCACAGUGGCAAAGACAAUCAGAACAAAGACCGGCCUGACCGCGGCAUCGUCAUCAAAUACAUCAUCACGGGUCAGGACAAUAAAAUCACUGUUAGUAAACGUGAUUUAGUUACACCAGCAAAAGACCUAAAACCAUCUGACCUGACCGUGAUAGAUGAAAACUUCCUAGGAAAAAUGGACUUUAACAUCCACAAAAGAACCUGGCAAAAAAUAGAAUGGAACCAUCAAAAGUCAUUACCAACCCUGGAAAAAGAACUAUUAGAAAGGAGACAUCAUCAAAGGAAGUUCAAGCCGCAAUUCAAACAGCAGGCUAAGCCGCAGGCCAAGCCACAAGCCAGAUCACAAGCCAAGCCACCCAAGCCACAAACCCAGCCACAAACCAAGCCACAAGCCAAAUCGCAAGCCAGAAGGAAUGAACUUUGGCAUGAAAGUCCCCCCAGGACUCAACCAAGUCAUGGUGAUCCACCACCGCUUACUUCUCGUUUUAGUUUUCACCGCCUUUUUCAAUGGUUCCGACAAACCUUUACCAGGAGAACAAGAGUGAAUCCCCUGGGCGAAAACAUGCAACCAGAGGCCACUCAAGAACAGCCCAGAUCUUGGGGCUCCAGAUUGUGGAGGUGUCUGUCAUUGAAGCGGUUCCGUUCUGGCAAUCAAGUACAGCCCUACCCUACACUUUCACGGCAGUAGCUCGCUGCAAGGGCUCUUUGGCCUAAUGGGCAAUGCCCAUUUUAAUUCUAAUGUCAAUGGGUAAUGCCCAUUCCAAUUCUAAUGUCAAUGGGUAAUGCCCAUUCCAAUUCUAAUGUCAAUGGGUAAUGCCCAUUCCAAUUCUAAUGUCAAUGGGUAAUGCCCAUUCCAAUUCUAAUGUCAAUGGGUAAUGCCCAUUUUAAUUCUAAUCUCAAUGGGUAAUGCCCAUUUUAAUUCUAAUCUCAAUGGGUAAUGCCCAUUUUAAUUCUAAUCUCAAUGGGUAAUGCCCAUUCCAAUUCUAAUGUCAAUGGGUAAUGCCCAUUCCAAUUCUAAUCUCAAUGGGUAAUGCCCAUUUUAAUUCUAAUCUCAAUGGGUAAUGCCCAUUCCAAUUCUAAUGUCAAUGGGUAAUGCCCAUUCCAAUUCUAAUGUCAAUGGGUAAUGCCCAUUCCAAUUCUAAUGUCAAUGGGUAAUGCCCAUUCCAAUUCUAAUGUCAAUGGGUAAUGCCCAUUCCAAUUCUAAUGUCAAUGGGUAAUGCCCAUUCCAAUUCUAAUGUCAAUGGGUAAUGCCCAUUCCAAUUCUAAUGUCAAUGGGUAAUGCCAUUCCAAUUCUAAUGUCAAUGGGUAAUGCCCAUUCCAAUUCUAAUGUCAAUGGGUAAUGCCCAUUCCAAUUCUAAUGUCAAUGGGUAAUGCCCAUUCCAAUUCUAAUGUCAAUGGGUAAUGCCCAUUCCAAUUCUAAUCUCAAUGGGUAAUGCCCAUUUUAAUUCUAAUCUCAAUGGGUAAUGCCCAUUUUAAUUCUAAUCUCAAUGGGUAAUGCCCAUUCCAAUUCUAAUGUCAAUGGGUAAUGCCCAUUCCAAUUCUAAUGUCAAUGGGUAAUGCCCAUUCCAAUUCUAAUGUCAAUGGGUAAUGCCCAUUCCAAUUCUAAUGUCAAUGGGUAAUGCCCAUUUUAAUUCUAAUCUCAAUGGGUAAUGCCCAUUUUAAUUCUAAUCUCAAUGGGUAAUGCCCAUUUUAAUUCUAAUCUUAGAAUAAACAUUUAUUC